UGCACGCUGAUUGGCUCCGCGAGGACCGCGCCGAGCUCUGAUUGGUCCCGUGUGGGGCCGGGGGUGGUUUGAGCGGCAGCGCCCGGCGCGGCGGCGGCUCCGCGGUUCCGGCACGAUGCUGCCCCUGUCGUUGCUGAAGACGGCGCAGAACCACCCUAUGCUGGUGGAGCUGAAGAACGGCGAGACGUACAACGGGCACCUGGUGAGCUGCGACAACUGGAUGAACAUCAACCUGCGGGAGGUCAUCUGCACCUCACGGGAUGGUGACAAGUUCUGGAGGAUGCCAGAGUGUUACAUCCGUGGCAGCACAAUUAAAUACCUUCGGAUCCCCGAUGAGAUAAUUGACAUGGUGAAAGAAGAGGUGGUCUCCAAAGGCAGAGGCCGUGGUGGGAUGCAACAGCAGAAGCAGCAGAAAGGCCGCGGUGUUGGAGGUGCUGGACGAGGUGUGUUUGGUGGCCGUGGCCGAGGAAUACCAGGCAGUGGAAGAGGCCAGCAGGAAAAAAAGCCAGGCAGGCAAUCGGCAAAGCAGUGAGGGGCUGCGUGAGCCCCAGCCAGGGACAGUGCCACGAUGCUCCUCCGUUUUAUCACCUCAGGAUCAGUUCAGAAGUGUUCAAUCUCUGCUCCUCCGUCAGUCGAUCCGUGCUCGAAUCAUGUUGUUUGGAAGCCCCUCGCUAUUUAAUCCCAUAUAAUGAAGUUCAUGGCUUCUUUUAGCCAGCAGGUUUGUAAUUGGAGAUGGUUAAAAAACCGAAACAAAAAGGUUAAGGACCUGACUUCAGCCCUAUCGAAUCUGUUGGGAUCACUGGGUUUAAUUUACAAGGAUCUCCUGUAUGUGGUGAGAUCCGAUUUGAAUGCUUUCAGGCUCCGUUGUGUUCUGGGUUUGUCUUUUCAUUUUGUUUUCAUACUUGAAACGUGGGCAAUUGGUUGCAUUCGUAACGGGCGCAGCGUUUUGGUUUAUAAACACUGAACUCCA